CCAAGCUCAAUCGUAGAUUGGACUUUGGUCUGGGGAAGCUGCUGUCAUUGUCUUCAGCACAAGAGGCUUGAUCAACUUGUUCAACUGACUCUGUACGCAAAUGUCUGCUUGCCGUCGCUUCCCUGUCGUCAUUGUGUUAAACCAGCCAAUAGGGCGCCAGGGGGAGAACUAACCAACUUGGUGAUUGGCUCCUCCAAAAACGUAUCGGAAGCAGAAAGAAAUGAAUUGAUCUUCUCCAGACCCUUCCACAGGGCGAAUUCAAAUGGCCGGAAGAACAGGCUGGGGGCACCCAGUCUAUCGUAGGUGGGGAUUAACAACUAUUCUGUGCAAAUUAAAGAAUUUGUCUUGUGUGUGUUUCCCUCUUUUUGGAAAGCAGCAGACCCCAGACACCAUUUCAAUCAAGAUUGAAGAGGAUAUUGGUGGAGGCAUUCCCGCUGUAGAAGACGGCAAUGACAUCAGAGACCGCAGCACGCAGCGCGGCGCCACCUCAGAGAGUCUGGGUGUGGACGCCCCUGGCUCCUCCCACAUGGCCAGUCACAACGGGGAGCUGCGGAUCCUGAGCGUCUAUGGAAAAGGGGAGGGCCCACUGUCGGUGGACGGCCAUGACACCCUCUUCACCACGUCAGAAGUGGAGGCCUUGAGCUCGCUGUCGGCGGACUGCAGCGUGGCCAAGAGCCUGAACUGCAGUGUGCGUUUGGUCCGCCUUGAGGAGCUGACUGGGCAUCGGGGCGGCCGCAAGGGCCGGCCCGGUGUCUUGUGUGGCAAGGUUUUUCCCAAUAAUGACAAUAUGAUCGUUCACAUGAGGACAAAACCCGACGAGAAGCCGUACGAGUGUGACCAAUGCGCAAAGUGCUUCAGUCAAAAUGGACAUCUGAAGAGCCACAUGAUGACUCACACCGGGGAGAAGCCCUACAGGUGCGACCAAUGCAUGAAGCUCUUCAUAUCGAAAACGCACUUGAAGUGCCACAUGUGGACUCACACCGGGGAGAAGCCCUACAAGUGUGACCAUUGCGCAAAGCGCUUUGGACAAACAAACGCCCUUCAGAUCCACAUUAGGACUCACACCGGGGAGAAGCCCUACAAGUGUGACCAUUGUGCAAAGCGCUUCAGACAGACAAGCCAGCUUACGGGCCACAUGAGGACUCACACUGGGGAGAAGCCCUACAAGUGUGACCAUUGCGCAAAGGGAUUUGGACAUUCAAGCCAUCUUAAGACCCACAUGAGGACUCACACCGGCGAGAUGCCCUACAAGUGUGACCAAUGCGCAGAGCGCUUCGGACAGCCAAGGCAGCUUAAGAGGCACAUGUGGACUCACACCAGGGAGAAGCCCUACAAGUGUGACCAAUGCGCAAUGCGCUUCGAACAGACAAGCACCCUUCAGAUCCAGAUCCACAUGAGGACUCACACCGGGGAGAAGCUCUACAAGUGUGACCAAUGUACGAAGCUCUUCAUUCGGAAAGACAAGCUGAAGAUCCACAUGAGGACUCACACCGGGGAGAAGCCCUUCAACUGUGACCAAUGCGCAAAGCGCUUCAGACAGAGAGGCAGCCUAAAUGUCCACAUGAGGACUCACACCGGGGAGAAGCCCUACAAGUGUGACCAAUGCACGGAGCUCUUCAUUUAUAAAGCCUGCCUGAAGAGCCACAUGAAGACUCACACCGGAGAGAAGCCCUACAGUACAAUUUAAUCCCUUUUAGCAAGUUCAGCCCUUUUUACUUAUUGUACCAAUGAGAAGGCAGACAAUACAUCUGUUAUAUCAACUAACCUUCAGAUCUCAGCUCAGUUCAUCUUUAAAGCCCGCCUCCCACCCAGCUUCGACCCCCACCAGUUUGCCUAUCGAUCAAAUUGAUCAACGGAGGACGCCAUAGCCAUUGUUCUACAUUGUAUAAUGACAAAGUAUUCUAUUCUAUAAACAGGGUUUAUAUCAUUUGUAUAUAAUUGUAUAUAUUAAACUUACGCUUGAUAUUUCGACACUGUCGUUACCUCUACCUUUGUUAUUAGAAAAAGCCUGCAAAGUUGACCUGUGAAAUAGACUGCAAUUGAACCCCACAUUAUACAUGA